AUGGCGAAUACAACCUUUGAUGAAAACUCGGAACGUUUAGACCAUUGGCUUAAGAUAUUUUACAGGAAGUUGUUUCCAUGCGAACUUAUAUGUAAAUGGCUCUCUUAUAGCACAAAGGAUAUCCUUUCAAGGAGGGAAUUUAGCUUUUCCCUUGCUGGAGAUGUGUAUGUUCGGUAUCAAAGUUUUAAUGACGCCUCGUCACUGAGAAAAGAGCUUGUGAAGUCCUGUCCCCAUAAAAUCGAUAUUGGUGCGGUUUAUAGUGCUCCACCGAAAUUACAGAGAUCUCUUUCCUCCCCGGAAUGGAAAGAAUUAGUCUUUGAUAUCGAUUUGACGGACUAUGAUGAAAUUCGUUUUUGCUGUGGAUCAAAUAAUCCGGUUUGCCACCGCUGUUGGCAACUUGCAAAGUGUGCCGUCGUAUGCAUGGAUCGUGCGCUGCGUGAAGACUUUGGAUUCGAGCAGAUCCUGUGGGUCUUUUCAGGUCGACGAGGUGUUCAUUGUUGGGUUUGCGAUCCUGCAGCCAGACGAUUGGACUCGGUUGGCAGGACUGCCGUUGCCGAAUAUCUAAAGUUGCUAAAGUCGCGUUUUGCCGAUUACUGUGUUUCCCAGGACUUGCUGAGUAGUCGACACCCCAGCGGUGUGAGGUUUGUGCUCAAACACUUGCCGGCAGACAUGGCUGCCCAAAGCAACAGCCUUGAUCAGCAGUGGACCACUGGGAAUGAGAGCGGUGAAUCCACGGCGAAGCGAUGGAACACGCUGAAGCGGUUUCUCAAAGACGAACACCGCAACAAUGUUAUAAAGGAUAUCAUUUUGAAAGUCACUUACCCAAGGCUUGAUAUCAACGUGACGACGGGUAAGAUCCACCAACUUUACUUGUCGAUCGUGUGGUCACUUUGGGUCACACAACUUUUCCCGUUUGUACGCCUGGGUUGA